AACAUGGAGGACACUACUGGCAGUAAUCCCCAAUCUCUUGGAUUUACAGAGAAAUUAAAGUCUUGGCUCUCUUGGUCAUGGACUUACGUGUGCUUCAUUUGGUUCGGCAUGGUGCUGAUCAUGAUAUACGUCCUGUGGAGCCCGCUGAAACUGCAGGAAACUCUUACCUCAGCCUCAGUGUUUUUAAAUACACUGACCCCUAAAUUCUAUGUGGCUCUCACUGGAACCUCCUCUCUCAUCUCUGGACUCAUCCUUAUAUUUGAGUGGUGGUAUUUCCGUAAAUAUGGGACAUCGUUCAUUGAACAAGUGUCAGUGAGCCACCUGCGUCCUCUUCUGGGAGGAGUGGAGAGCAGCUCCACGACUGGUCUGUUUUCAUCAGUUAAUGGAGAGGCAGAGCCUAGACCCAGUGUUUCAGAGUGUAAGGUCUGGAGGAACCCUUUGAAUCUGUUCAGGGGAGCAGAAUAUAACAGGUACACCUGGGUAACCGGGAAGGAACCCUUAACGUACUAUGAUAUGAACCUGUCUGCUCAAGACCAUCAGACCUUCUUCACAGGAGACACUCAACAGUUAAGGCCAGAAGAUGCUGUGAUGCAGAAAGCCUGGAGGGAGAGAAAUCCUCAAGCCAGGAUCAGAGCAGCUUACCAGGCCAUAGAAAUGAACCAUGAAUGUGCUGCGGCCUAUGUGCUUCUAGCAGAGGAAGAAGCCACAACUAUCACAGAAGCUGAACGCCUCUUCAAAAAAGCAUUAAGUAUUGCUGGAAAAGAUAUCAACUUACUGGUGUACAUUAAACGCAGACUGGCAAUGUGUGCACGCAAGCUGGGACGGAUUAAAGAAGCAGUGAAAAUGAUGAGAGAUUUAAUGAAGGAGUUCCCACUGUUGGGAAUGUUAAAUAUACACGAAAACCUCUUGGAGGCACUUCUAGAGCUUCAGGCAUAUGCUGAUGUCCAAGCAGUCCUUGCCAAAUACGAUGACAUCAGUUUGCCAAAAUCAGCCACUAUAUGCUACACAUCUGCACUGUUGAAAGCACGGGCUGUGUCAGAUAAGUUCUCUCCAGAGGCAGCGUCCAGGCGGGGACUAAGCACAGCAGAGAUGAAUGCUGUGGAGGCCAUACACAGAGCUGUUGAGUUCAAUCCACAUGUGCCAAAGUACUUAUUAGAGAUGAAGAGUCUGAUCCUGCCUCCAGAGCACAUCUUGAAGAGAGGUGACAGUGAGGCAGUGGCAUACGCCUUCUUUCACCUGCAGCACUGGAAGAGGGCAGAGGGAGCCUUAAACCUACUACACUGUACCUGGGAGGGCACCUUCCGGAUAAUUCCUUACCCACUGGAGAAGGGUCACCUGUUUUACCCUUACCCAGGAUGCACAGAAACAGCAGAUAGAGAACUACUGCCCUCUUUUCACGAGGUGUCUGUGUACCCAAAGAAAGAGCUUCCCUUCUUCAUCCUCUUCACAGCAGGCCUUUGCUCCUUCACUGCCAUACUGGCCAUGCUCACACAUCAGUUCCCUGAGCUCAUGGGUGUCUUUGCCAAAGCAUUCUUCAGCACACUCUUUGCACCCCUGGGUUUCUUCGCAGACAAGAUGGAAAGCUUCAUGCCGUCCAGUUUUUGGCACCAGCUGACUCGGAUCUGACCCCAUCUCACACACACGCACACAGCGCACACAAAGACACACACAUACACACCAAUACCACUCCAAACCCUCAGACAAAAAGUGUUUGCUCUCCUGUCUUCAGCAUUACUGUCCACUUGCUGCACUGUUACUGAUUAUGUUGGCUGAGGUUGUAUCAACACAGCAAUACCACUCUUAAGAUGCUCUCCCACACUGUUCCAGCAGCCAGAGUUUUUCCAAGAACACAUUUAGAGGGUACUAUUUGCAGUGAUUUCACAGCGCCAUUUAUUUGUCACAAUGUUAACAAAGAACAGUUCAAAAAUUUUUAGUAUCUCGAAAAAGCCUGGCUUUGAAUUUGGUACAAAAAUCUAACUUGGAAUUUGUCAGAGGAUUUGUCUAUUUAUUCACAAUUAUAAAUUAAAUCAUGAAUGUACUAAAACUGCAUGUUUUAUGGUCCAUACCCCAAAUGGGGUAUUUGGGAGGGGAACUUACAGUAUGUGUCCUAUACCAACCCUCUGUGCCCCACAGAUAUCCACUCGGGCUGAUUUAAAAGUCUGUGAGACCUCCUAAAAACAGAUCUGUGAUUUACAGCCUCGGAGUGGCUGCAGUGUAUACAACACCUCUGCAGUUCAACAGUUGUUACCAUGGCAUGACACCUCAGCACUAUAUCACUGGGGCACCCGCCGCCCCCGCAACAUCGAAAUGUAAAUGGGAUCAUCACUCUGUCACAGUACGGCCUCUCAUGGCAUCACUCAUUUCUUCUGAUUGCACUAUGGACUGUUAUAGGUCAGUGUGUUGGUCAACUGGCAAGCAGAACUUGCAGAGUUAUCCAUUACAGCAGACAAACGGAGAAUCACACAGCACAGUCAAUGUAACAAAUAGCUGCAAUACACAGGGCUGCAGUAGACGAUACACUGAGCAUAUUCAGUUAGCCUUCCUUACAGGUAUAUUGAGUCGCAUUUAGAGAUGGUAAGUAAAAUGAAAGACAUGUACAAAGUAAGAGGCAUUUUACUUAAUGUGUACGAAAUCGUAACAGAAUGGUUCAUGGUUUGAUUCUGUUGUAACUGGGUUGGUCAGUUCCAACAUUUCUUCCUCUGUGAAAGUUCUGUCAAACUAAAUAGGCUGAGAUACCAGAACCACCUUGUAAUGUAUAAUGUAAAAACUAUCUGAUAAUAUAACCACUUCAUAGAGACAAAUGUGCCUGGAAUGAAAUUGUAAUAAAACCUGUAAAUGUAAUAUACUGUAUAUCCAUGUUCUCCACCACAGAGAUACAGUAAGACUGUAAAGAAUGUAAUAUUUGAAAAAAAAAUACAUCUACAUUGAUGUAUAGUAAUAUUGUGAUGUCACAUCAUCCCAACAAUGUAUUAGCCAUAUUAACAGGUUUUAUUACAUUUUAAACCAUUUAAUGUGGACAUGUUUGUUUUACUUUGUCGAGUUAUGUUACUUGAUUGUAAUUACAUUAUCGGCAGCUAUAAUGAUGUACAGCUCAUGCCUCAGGAUGAACUGAGAGUAACAUCGUUCUGACAGUGUGAUAAUAAAGUGCCUUUUUAGUACAUCUCACUACCUAAACACACCAAUUUGGCAUUUACUCUACUGACUAUUGAUUUCAAGUUCAGAGGCAACUCUGUUCAGUUUUGGAGGGAUUAAAUUUGAUAAAUAGAUGCCUUCAAAAACUGUAAUUAUCUAACCCAGGUAUUAAGUGUGUCCAAUGAGAAGCAUUCAUAGAUUUACCAGCCAUGUGACAAUGGCAAACAUGCUGUACAUGCACAUGAUAUACAGUAAAGGCACAUACAGAACAUGUGUGUUGUAAGUACAGUACAGUACAGUACAUUAUGUUGCAAAAAUUGGAGUAUAUUGAUAAAUACACUGAUGUAAUCUAAACUACAAAGAUUCACUUUAGCACUUCAGUCUGGCCUGUAAUAUUUGUCUGUUUAAAUUCUUGACACUGUAUUAUAUAGUGUUUUUGUGAAGGUGAAAUGUACGAGUACAUGCUGAAGACAGGAGAAUGUUUGAACAACUGUUAACUACCCUUGGGGUGAGUUUGAAAGUAAAACUCUCAAUAAAUUACUCUUUCAGUGCAA